AUGUAUGACAGUCUGUGUAUGUGGGAGUGCCUGAAGACUCCGGCCUCGGGGGGCCCCGACGAGGAAAAGAGGCUCGGCGAAGCCCUUCCCCGGAAGAAGCACCGCCCUUCCCUGGAAGAAGCUCCGCCCUUCCCCGGAAGAAGCUCCGCCCAGCAGACUUUCCAGGGAGAGGAAGGCAGGAAGAAGGAAGAAGCCAUGGCCUCUACCUCAACCUCCAAGCCUCCCAAGAAGAAGACGAAGAAGACCGCAGAAGGAAGGAAGGCCACGGCAGAGGCCCUCCAGGACCCUUCAGCCUCCACUUCAUCGGCUGCAGACCCGGUGGCACCCGCCCCCCCGAAGCAACAGGACGGCCAGAAGCCCGGUCCCGGCUCCCCUCCCUUGGAGCCCUGGAUGAGGCAGACGGUCGUCCUGAAGCUAAAGGAAGUGGACGGGAGGGCACCGGACAUGAGCCAGGAUGUGUUCGGCAAGAAGAUGGUCCUGGAGCAGGGAUUUGCCAAGCCGGAAGUGACGAGCAUCCACUCCCUCUUUGCUGGGAUUUUCUGGAUAACCUUCGCUUCCGUGACCAUCUGCAAGAGGUACUGGGAGAUGGUGAAAGCUGCACAGCCGGACUCCCCCUUUCGACGCUUUGUGGGCAGCUGCCCAGUCCAGAGAGAAGAAAGGAGAGUGACCGUCGCCAUGCGGAACCCACACAUCCCAGGCAAGGAUAUCGUCACCUACCUGAAGCGCUUCUGUACCGUGAUGAGGGACCCCACCCACAUCCUGGACGGAAACGGCUUCUGGACCGGCAAGUGGUCAGUCAUCGUCCGCCUGAACAGGGACUCCACAGACCCAGAUGGCGUGCAACACCUGCCCCCGACCUUCUCGCUGGGCAACUCCCAAGCGCUCGUCUACUACUCCGACAUGCCGCAGACCUGCAGGAAAUGUGGCAAGAAGGGGCACAGGCUGAGCGACUGCAAGGAAGUGGCCUGCUGGAUCUGUCGAGUGACAGGGCACGAAACCUGGGACUGCCCUAAGAGGACGGCUUGCAACCUGUGCGGAUUGGCUUCGCACAUCUACAAGGACUGCCCACAAAGAGAACGCACCUGGGCAGCGGUCGCAGCCAGAGCACCGGACAGCGGGAACCCCACCGCAACCGCACCUCCGGCAGCAACAAGACUCAAAGCGAAGGAAUCCAAAAAGAAGGAGGCCAACAUUUAUUGUGACACAAUGGAACUUCUGGCAUCAGAAGACCAACGACUGAAGGAGAAGGUGCUACAGACAGAAGGAGAGCGUCUAGAAGACGAUCCAUUAGACGAGCAACAAAAGCCAGAAUGA